UGCUGUUCCGAGCGCCUUUAAUGAAGACAGUCGCGUUUCUCCAAACUUCACAACACACAUCGUCCAUCCCCACACAAACUUCCAGCGUCUAUCAUCGGAUUAAAACUAAUAAAAAGAAAGUUUACAUACAGGACAGGACAGCCCAAUACCCAUCAUCAGCCAAAGCAUGAAGUUCCAGUGCGUUUCUCUGUUUAUCUGCGCUUUACUCAUUGGAGAGUGUUGUGGAUCGCGCCUGGACCGGUUGGUGAGAACUGGAUUUCAAUAUUUGAAGCUCAAUCUGUGCCGGAAGGUCUCAUUACCGGAUAGCGAGUGCAGAAAACUCUCUCAUCUUCACCUGAGCGGAGUCCUGGUGUACGUAACUGAAUUAAGCUCUGGAAAAGUGCUCGCAAUACUACCUGAUUCAUACUCCAGCGGUACUGUCCCGUCAAAGUACAACGCUUACUCUGUGGAUGAAGAGAGUAGGACAAAUGUCGAACUCUACCCCGCAGCCAGUGCGCAUGACGCGGUGCUGGUUCUGGACCCGAGUCCCGGUGAGAGUUUCGGACACCCGGUGAUUCUAUUCUAUGUUGACUUCAACAUAACUAAAAAGAAAUGUGCUCAUAUGGAUGGGGUUUAUCUUGGAGAGGAGUGUUUGACGAUGGCAGUAAAAACACGAUGUCGAAAUCAGCUGAAGCGCAGACGGAGUCGCAGUGAUCGUAUGGCGAGCCGGGCUAGGGCCCGCAGAACCACAGCGAGCAGAAUCGGCCACGUGGAGCACAGCAGCGGCCACUGCGAGAUUCACUUCCUGCCCCUAGUGGUGGGAGUGAAGGACAGCAACCGAACACAACGCUUACGUUGUGUAGAUCACCCCGACUAUGCCAGAUGCCCAGAGCCUUUGCCACAGACCAGCCCCAGUGUUCCCAUCUCCAGCUGUGAGCUCAAUAAAAACACCCGCAGGUGCCAUCAGCAGCGGAUGGCCACACACCUGUCUUGCCGCCUCUACCAGACCUGUGAUCACGCUGUUCUCUUGUCAGGUGGCUGGCAGGAGCAGAUAACAUACCAGCACCAUGUGCAGAACCUACAGCUCUUCUACCAGAUGCUGAGGAACAACGGCUUCCAUAGGGACCACAUAAAGACAUUCUUUGCUGGGAACGGACAGGUAGCAGCUAAAGAUACAGAGGGGGUGUAUCCAGCCACAGAAAAAGAGGUGAUCAGGAAUCACAUUUCGUAUAUCUGCCGAAAGCAGCACUGUGCAGACGCUCUGGUCUUGUACCUGAACAGCCCCACACGUAAUGAUGGCACCAUGCUGCUCUGGGACCGCAAUAACAAUGGCAUUGCUGAUCUAAAGGAGCGUUACUCCGUAGGGGAACUGCUGGCAGAUCUGGCGGGGUGCAGAGCCAGUCGUGUGCUGCUGUUUGUGGAGCAGAGUUACAGUGGAGCCCUCAGUAAAAGACUGAUGGGAUCUCUCAAACACCUCAAUGUGGUGCUGCUGAAUGGGCUGCCCUGGGUGGACACAGCUGAGUUUUGGGCCUCUUUGCAUCCAUCACAGUGUGUCAUAGACCACCUCAGUAAGGGUUCUGUGAUACCUCAACUGGGUGAUGCUGCUCUGGGCCUGCUGAACGUGACUCUGGCUGGCGCUCCGUGUAACUCUACACCCCCCCUCACAGAGGCCGAGGUCAGGAAGGAAUACAUGGGCUGCCAGAAUUUACCCACAGCUCUGUGGUACCAAAAACGACCCAAAUCCAACAUCAGCAGGAAUUAAAAGAAUCCCUUCCGUGACAAGCAUCUCCGACCAUCAGGACUUUCAGAUGGACUAGAACCACCUCUAUCAUUUCCCAGUCACCGACACUUCAGACAUCCCAGUUACGGAGUACUUCCUCCUAAAGAAAGUGGAACACUCAAGGAGUAUUCCUAGAGAGUAAAGCACAACUACAAUUCAUAAAUCCCUCAAAAUACUCUGCUAAUGCACACAGACCCUGACAAGCUGUUGAGGAGCACAGACUGCGUAAUGGGAGACUGAAAGAAGAGCAAGCAAUGCAGGACAGAAAGAGACAGAAACGUCUUUCAUGUCCUCACGUUGAACCUCAGUUCUCUUGCUAGGUUCUCUGCAGUGGGUGUCCCCUGUGGCGUGUCCCAUGCUGUCCUCUCCCCACUCUUGCCUGCUAUGG